AUCACCUUUCCUCUCGCCCCAAUGAGUCCAAUCAACAGUCUCUGGUUCAAGUGGAAGAGCCUUCGACUACCCUGGCGAAGAUCCUUCCUCGUCGGCACCGAUCUCUCCGGAAACACUUUCUGGGAAUUCAAGGACAAGCUGAAUGCCGGGCGUUUCCGCCGCAUCGUCAGGACCGAUCCCAAAACCCACUACAGUGAUGUUCAAGUGAGCCCACAAUGGCACCAAUGGCUUCGCUACGUGCGCGCCGAACCCCCUUCCCUCGAAGAACAGCAACAAGACAUCAUCCGCCAGGUGCAGAUGAAGGAGCUAGCUCGUCUGGCCGAUGAACGCUGGGCCAGCAAACCAUCCUACCUCGAUAUGCCCAUAUCCCAGCAACAACAGCAACCGCUUCCCGCAACAAAUACGAGCGACGCGACCGUUACCCAAGCGAAGAGUCCGCAGAAGGCUCCGGCUGCCAAGCAAGAUCCCUGGGCAAAGGCCGCGGCAGGUAACCCGGGUGAUAACUGGCAGCCUGAUUCGUGGAGUCCGACUAGUUCGAAGAAAUGAGUGAAAGAUCCGAAGAUGAAGCUUGGUAGAAUGGGAUUGACGUCUCUGUUCGAGCUUCUCGUUGAAAACAUCAUUAGACCUGUCACGCCUAAAGGCAUCUGGGUUGCCUUGCCGGGUUGCCGUCCGUUCCCGAAUUGCGGAACACGCCCCCUUGUAAAACAAGCUGUUGGCGUGAUUUGUCGGAAUGCCGCUGACUUAGGCUGACUGGAGCGUUGCCAUACGGUAUUGGGAUUUUUUCUCGGUCAAGUCUCUGGUUAAACGCCUCCAUCUAUGUAUUUUAUGAGUCGUUGUAUCAUGAUCCGUGUAUAUUAUGUCCAUCUGCCGGACUGACUGUCCCAGACAUCGGAUGACUGUUACUGAAUCUCUCCACUUUACAUUACAUUUCAGACGAACUUAAGAU